CAGAAAUUCGUAACCGGAAGUGACGUUAAGUAAAAGUCAUCCUUAAGCGCUAAAGAGUCCGUUUUUGUUUGUGGUAAUAAACCCGUCAUAUAUGUUUUUAAGUGUAAAAAGCGACGAUGAAAAGGAACUAAUUAGUGUUUAAGACUGAAGAAGAGUAAAAAUAGCAGCACAUGUGACUUCUGUUUAAUCUCCUGUGUGAAGGUGAGGACGCAGAUCAUGGGGGACUGUUUACACACGUCAGCUGACAGCUUGUCUAAACUGGUGAAAUGGGCACACAGUCACGGAACGAUCUGCACACUCAUCCCAAGCUUGAAGCACUUGUUGACGGAGGGAGCUCAUGGACACCUGACAGCACUGUGGGGUUGCAGCGCCGGCCAUGCUUACCACUGGCCCUUAACCUCCUCCUGUAAAACAGCACACAAGGAUCGACUGUGUUAUGAGCGCAGCAGUCGAGGGAUCAGUACAGAAUCUCUGAUGCAGGGAGCAGCGUCCAUGCAGAGCAGCUCGACACAGAGGUUCCACAGCAGCGCAGCCAAAACAAGCAAAGGUGACUCGAACCAGACCCAAGACUCAUACGACUUCUCCAAUUGCAGCGAGCCAUCUGAGAUGGAUGAUAACACAGAGGAGCACCUAUUCGACAUCGUUUGCGAGUCCUCCGCCACCGAUGAAGAGGGUGAUUCAGAGCCCAGGGUCACGCCCAGAAAGCGAAGCUCUAAGGGCCCAAGCUCGGAUGACUCUACCGAUCCAGGCACAAAGAAAAUCAAGCAAGAGCGAGCUGAAGACUAUUACACGGUGGCUAAUGCACAAGCUGCCUCAGAGGGUGCUCCAUCAUCCAGCAUCUCCCAGUCACCCAAACCAACCUCUCAGAUCAGACCUUCAUCCAGAACUUCAGCACCACACAAUCCACAGCUACUGGAGGACAGAGAUCUGUUGGGCGUGUCCUCCUCACCACCGGAGAACUCCUCCUCAUCUGCGACCAAACACAUGCACACGCCGAUUAGUGGCUCACAAAGCAGAACACACAUGAACUCACACAUGAUCCCUGCGAACAACCAGAGCACAUCAUCUCUGAGCCAACCAGGAAGGAGUGACAUGGUGGAAGUGCUUCCUAACGGGGAUUUCAGCCUGCCGUUUGAGGAUCCCUCGGGUGUAGUGCACCCUGAAAUGGACAUUUUAGCAGCACAGAGUCUCAGUGUCGAGCCCAAAGGUGACACAGGUUGGGAAGAAGACAGCGUAAUGGUCCUGAAUGCCUCUCAGGGAUGUCUCAGCUCGGAGGAACCGUUCUGGCCGUCCACGUCGGAGCUCUGUCCCAAUGCUGAGAGUCAUUCAGAAGAGAGGAAGCAGCUGGAGGACUACAUCACCAGCGUAGAUCCUGUAACAUUACGGAACCUCCAAGCUGUCAUCUCCCGGGUUCUCAGGUUCCACGAGCAGACCCAUGUGCAGGUUCACAGCCCUCCUCGUCCAGGAGAACAGGAGCUGUUUCCAGGUUCUGGACUCUUCCUCCCUCCGUAUAAACUGGCCUGUAUCCACCAGGAGUCUCGUCAGGACAGCAUGAGGCUCUUCCACCUGCUGUUCGAACACUUCUUCACCGAGGAGGACCUCAUCGGAGCCGUGGCUUUCGGAAAAAGGGGCAAAGUGCCGGAUGGGAAAAAAAUCCUGGACAGAAGAAAAGUUGAUGGGAUUAUAUCGUACGUUCUGCGGUGUUCCACACUGGACGGAUGGACGCCAGUGGAAUCUGCGAAGCUGAAGAAAGCGUGCAUCAACAAGUGCAGACUGAGAAUCGGCCAGAGGAAGAAGUUAGCUCAGGGGCCGUAUCUGUUCCACAAGUCUGGACCGUCGUAUAUCUGAGUUUAGACUCCAUUGUAAAUGUACAGGAGUGAAACGUGUUACAUUUUAAAAAGUGUUUAUCAUAUCAGUGAUGCAUGUUCUCCAGAACAGAAAUGCAGCAGUCACUGCAGUGAGAACUGAAAAGAUCUGUUUCAACAUUUCAACAGUAUCUGUGCUGACGCUGCAACGUGACGUGAUGGUGAAACUAGAACAGAAAUCUUUCCACUCGUAGCUUGUAUCUGCUGAUGAGGAGAAUGUAUGUCUUCUCUGUAGCUUUAGAAAAUCACAAGCUGGACGUCUUUCACGUAGCGCUACACGUCUCAGUCGUGUUCAGGUUGUCCGUCCAUCUGAGACUCUGAACACGGCUGAGGAACGGAUUUUUGUAGGAUUUCUGUGGAACGAUCAGUGAGACCAGCAGAUGAACUGAUGAGGAGUUGGAGUAGAUUUUCAGCAGCAUUGUCCUGAUUGGUCAGGAUGUGAUCAUGUUCCACAUACAUGAGCUCACAGAUCGACUCACUCGUGAUUGGCUAGUGUCCCUGUGAUUGACAGGACAGUGAGAGAAAGCCCCUCUCACUCAGCACAGAUACUUUUGAAUGAUCGGGAUUUAAAUUCUAAAGCUCCUUAAGUGAAAAUAGAAAUAAAUAGAUUAUUGUAUAUUGUGGACUUUUAAGAGGAAUCACUCAGAGCUUUUAUCACAACGGUGUAGAGAUGAAACGUCUUUUAUAAAAGUUUCUUUGUGAACUUUGUAGCAAAUUUCAUGCUAUUUUAUUAUCUCUGUUUAACAUGGGACUAGUGUUCAUGGUGUAAACCAUUUAAACUAAUAAUAAUGUGGAGAUUUUUUUCAGUGUCUGAUCUUUUUAUUUGUAUUUUUUGUACAACUGGUUCUGCUUCAGAUAUAUUUGAGUUUUGUAGCAUUGUACAGAAACACAGGACUCUGUUCAUGUGAUUAAACUUUCAUGUGUUUUUAAUUUUUAUAAUCAUCUUGUUAAUGUGUAAGUUUUACUUAAGUGUGUGUUGUGGUUUUGCUUUAGAUGAUAAACAGUUCGGUCUGAAUGUGUUCCACGUUUUAUCUUUUCCUCUUUACUUUGAGAAUUCUAUUAGACUUUUGUCUCUAUUUCGUGACGUAAAGACUAAAAACACCUGAAAACAGUUAUAAAUGUUUAUAAUUCGUGCUCCAUAAAAACCGUUGAGGUUGAUUCAGUGCUACAGUCUGUGUUUAUUUUUCAUGUGUAAAUAAUCGGUUUUGAUAUUUGAUGCGUUGUUGGAGUUAGGAUUUAUUUUCUAACAAAAUAUUUGAAAAAAAAAAUCAAUGAAAAAGUUUAUAUAAAAGUGCAAAAUCAUAAUGAGUCAGUGUGUUCUGUUCAGCUUAUAGAUCAGUGUUUAGAUCUUCCUCACGGUGUGUGUGUGUGUGUGUGUG